UAAUCCACAGGGACAAGGGAAUCCUCCCAGGUCUAGAGCUGGUUUAAGCUCGUGCCUUUGCCUUCUCUCACAGUAUAAUCAACUCAGUGACUGGGACAUUCCAGGACAGUAACACAGCCCAUCCUUAGAGCCAGCUGGUUCCAUCUGGCCACCACCAGAGCCUACUCUACAUUCAACAUCAGCAAGAAAGGAUUUGUACUCAUCUGCCUUCAACCAGCAGAUGGAGAGGUCCCUGGCGUUGGCCAACAUGACCAGGGUUCAGCAGUUCAUCUUGCUGGGAUUGUCCACUAGGCUGGACAUAAGGGAUGCCCUAUUUGCUGUCUUCCUGACUCUCUACCUGCUGACCCUCCUGGAGAACACACUCAUCAUCUACCUCAUCUGCAGUCACAAAGAGCUCCACAAGCCCAUGUACUUCUUCUUGGGCAACCUCAGCUGCCUGGAGAUGUGCUAUGUGUCAGUCACCAUGCCCACCUUACUCAUGGGGCUAUGGAAUGGACUCUACCAUAUUCCCUUCAUAGCUUGUAUGACCCAACUCUUCUUCUUCAUUGUCCUUGUGGGCACAGAGUGCAUUCUUUUGGCAUCCAUGGCGUAUGAUCGCUAUGUGGCCAUCUGCCGCCCACUACACUACCCAGUACUCAUGAGGCCCCAGGUCUGCCUGGGCUUGGCUAUGAUUUCAUGGCUAGGUGGGCUAUUGGUUUCUAUGAUCAAGACAACAUGCAUUGCCACCCUGUCCUACUGUGGCCCCAAUGUCCUCAACCAUUUUUUCUGUGAUGUUUCCCCAUUACUCAACCUGUCAUGUACCCAUGUGGCCCUCACAGAGCUGGUAGACUUCAUCUCAGCCAUUGUCAUCCUUUGGGGUUGCUUCCUCACGACUAUGGCCUCCUAUGUGGCUAUUGGCAGGGCAGUUCUGCGCAUGCCUUCUACCACUGCCCGCUACAAGGCCUUCUCUACCUGUGCCUCCCACCUGGUCGUGGUGGGCAUCUUCUACUCAGUCACUAUCUUCAUCUAUGCCCGCCCCAAACGCAUAGAAGCCAUGGAUCUCAACAAGGUGCUGUCUGUCAUCUAUACAGUGGUCACCCCCAUGUGCAACCCAGUUAUCUACUGUCUGCGGAACAAGGAGGUCCAAGUAGCUCUUCACAGAACCAUGCACUGGUCCUGA